CGUGCGUAACGUAGAACCGGAUCAUCCGGUCCGGAUAUACAAGCAUGCAAGUUUCCCAACCUUUCCGAGAGGAAUAAUUUGGACUUCUGCCUGCCGUCGUACGACAAACCGAAUCACUCUCCCGACGGUAUGGCGCGCGUUAGCCCGGACCGCCCGGUUACACGAAGUGACGCGUUACCGUGAGGGAUAUGCGUACACAUCCGGAACCAGCGAAUCGCGAUUGUCGCCACUCUCUCUGGGAGAACGACGAGAGGAUCCCGCUCCACCCUUCCCCGCCCCGAACGCUCGUCUCGCGUCGGUCGCUGUCGGUGACUCGCGUUAGUACUGGUUAGUACUAUUGGUAGGAGAACACGGGAAAGAAGGCACCUCGGAUCCGUCGACAUCAGUCGACAUGGCCGUCGUCGAGGAGUUUGAUUAUCUGUGCCGCCUAUGCGCGUCCAAGACUGGCCUCCUGAUGGGCCUGCCGAUAUUCGAGGCCGGCGAUCAGAUGCGCAACAUCGACAAGAAGAUAGCGGCCUGCCUACCGGUCCAGGUGUCGCUGACAGAUCAGCUGCCCAAAGUGGUCUGUGAAGAGUGCGCAUACAAAUUAGAUCAAUUGUUUGAUUUUCGUGAAAAAUGUCUACUCACAGAGGAGAUGUUCAUGGAAAUGUUGAAGGAGAUUAGUAAAGAGAAGGUCGUGCACAUAUCAGAGCAUGAUUUGGCGAGCGUGAAUAACAUGGGCACAAUUCAGAGAAACCUGAACAGCAUACAGCUUGAUAAUGAGAAUGUACAAAGCCAUUCAGCUGUGGUUCAUGAGGCUACGGAAUCUACCAUGCACACGAUGCAAGUGAUGGAUGAAAUGGACCUGGCUGGUGGCGAACAAGUGGUCACUCAGGAAGAAAUGGCUCAGCAGGAUGCAGAUAUACAAGGCAUUGACUGUCUGGAUGGUGACACUGUGCGAAUGGUCGAUGAGCAUAUUCGAGAGGUUUCAAACCAUCAGAUUGCAAUGCACUUGGAUAAUGAUAUGACUGUAGUGGGAAACCUGGGUGGUGACUUGAGUCAAUUAGAAAUAAAUUAUGUUACUUCUAUCAAUCCUGAAGAUCAGAGCCAGGAACAGAUAGUGCAUUAUUGUGAAAAUGUGAGAAAAUAUGAGACAGAUGCAAUAAAGCAAGAAUAUCAUAGAUUGCAAGAUAGAUUAACAGAAGAGCCUCGGCAUAUAGUUCUUAUCAAAAGUGACGUAGAUAAUUUUGUUUCCCCCCGAGCUGACACGGAAAGUGAAAUAGAAGAGUCUUGCAUGAAUGAAAAUGGAACUGGUGAACACGUGGACUCCGUGAACUUACCAUCUACAAGUCAGAUAAAUGGCGUACCUUGCGAAAUAAUGGUUAAAUACACGAAGAGGACAAAGCAUGCGUUAUUGGAAUCUACGCUCAGCAAUCCUACUGUGGACGAGACCGGUUCGCAUUGGUACAUGUGCCCAUUUUGCAACGAGGCAGCUUUGGGAACGACCAAUUUAGCCGCACAUUUCGAGCAACAUUUUUGCUGCUGUUCCUGCGGUUUAUAUUUCACUAGUGUCGAGGUAUUAAAUCUACAUAAAGAGGAAUGUGAUGUAUAUAAAACCGAAACAGUUGAUAAGGAGAAGAAGAACGCACAGUUAAACACAAUAGUAGAGACACAAGAGAGUAAUGAUAAUCAGGAAGGGCAAAAGAAACAAUCGACGGUGAGGCGGAAGUGGACGGCGAAGGUGUGUACGGAAUGUGGCAAGCAAUAUAAGUCGAAUUACAAGUUGCAGGAGCAUAUGCGCAAGCAUACGGGCGAGAAGCCGUUUCAAUGUACGACGUGUGAGAAGGCGUUUCGCAGCAAGAUCGGCCUCGCGCAACACACGGCCACGCAUACUGGUCAGUUUGACUACAAUUGCUCCACAUGCGGCAAGGGAUUCCAAUGCAAAAGCUAUCUCAUCGUUCACCAAAGAGUGCACUCGGACCUGAAGCCGUACUCUUGCACCAAGUGCAGUCAGAAUUUCAAAACGAAGCAAUCUUUAUUGGACCACGAGAAUCGUCACCUCGGCGUGAAGCCGUAUAUGUGCGAGAUUUGUGGCCGCGGUUUCAUCACCAAGGGUCUUUGCAAGAGUCAUCAGAAGAUACACUCCGGCACAGACAAUCGCCAGUACCCGUGCGCAGUGUGUAAUAAGAUGUUCGUCAGCAAGAGCUAUCUGAAUACACAUUUGCGCAUACACACGGGAGAGAAGCCGUAUCUGUGCGAAGUUUGUGGCAAAGGAUUCCUCACGCGGGUUGACCUCAGGAUCCACUCAACUAUGCACACCGGCGAAAAAAGCUUUAAAUGUGAAAUGUGUGGCAAGGUGUUUGCUCGACGCGCGGCGCUACGCUGCCAUCGACGGUCGCACACGGGCGAGCGUCCUUACAGAUGCGACGUCUGCAACAAAACGUUCACGCAGUUCAGCCCAAUGGCGAUUCACAAACGUCUGCACACCGGCGAGCGGCCAUACGAGUGUGACGAGUGCGGCAAAGCCUUUGUGUCCAGGUCAACCAUGAUGUCUCACAGAAAGAAGCAUCACGUCACGACCGCUGUACAAAAGGAAGCGUCUGUGCCACAUAACGAAAAUGCGGAAAUCAAGAUCACCCUCUCAUCCGAGCCUAUGGUAGUCAGAGGAUCAUACGAGGGAGUCGAAAUAACUGCAGAUUGAAAUCACAAAUGGAAAUGACGUACGAAUUCUGCGAAUCACGUUCAAAUUAUAGACGGGGUGCGCAGUUUGGGUGCUAUGAAAAUUUCGUUCGCAUUUGUUAAAUAACGAACUGCUUUCAUCACCAUAAUGUAUUCUAUCAGUGUACAUUUUCAAAAACUUUAUAUAAAGAUAUUUUUACAAGCAACGUAGAUUUGGUGGUAUAUGAAGAUUGAAAAUUAUAUUGAAUUAUUGAACAUGAUUUUAUAUAUUCUAUAAGGAUAUCGUCUUUUAACUUUUCUUUUCGUGGCAUCAUAUUGUAAUUCCAGACCAUGUAAAUACAAAUCUUUUAUAUCAAUGACUACAUGCUCUUUAUGAAACAUUAAAAAUAUAACACAUUUGUUAACAAACAGAUAAAAUGAUUUUAAGAUUAAAAAGAUGAACAAAUAAACGUGUAUGUUUUAAAGAUUGAAAAGAUUUAUAGCCAUAACAAUUAUGUGCAAUUAUAAAAUAUAAUUUACAUUAUAUAUGUAUAUAUAUAAAUUAUAUACAUAUACUAUUUUUUUAUGGCUCUAUUGAAAAGUAUAUUUUAUCUUUUUCAAAAAAAUAUGCGAUUUUAAAAGAUAAUAACUUGUCAUUUUCUUUCAAUAUUAUAAUAACAAAAAGAUAACAGUUUGUUUUAUAUCAACCUUUACAGUUUAUGAUACACAGAUGGAUUUAAUAUAAAAUUUUUUAAAACUUGCGUUUUAUAGACUAAUCAAUUCAUUGUCGAAUAUUAUGGGGAAAGGGGGAGGGAGACUUCUGAUAAUUAAUGAUAUUUCUCACGCGUACUUGAUUUCAAUUAGGUUUUAACAAAAGAUGAAAGUAUAAAAAAUGUAUUAAUGAGUAUUUGAGAUUGUAUUAAUGUAUAAAAUGUACGUUUUUUUUCUUAUUUCAUUCACAAAUAUAUACACACAUUUGCGCAUUAGAGUUUUCUUAGAUUAACAUCUUUUAUGUAUUUCUAAACUUUUACUUGUCAUAAAAAAAUGUUAACGUAAGAGAAGUAAGAUAUUUUUUUAUAGAUAUAGUAGAGUAAAUACAAGUAUUUCCUACUAUAUCUAUAUUUAUUAUUUAAUAGUAAAAUACUGAAUUGAAGGCUGAUGCUUACGAUGACAAUGCUUUUGUAAUCAUAAACAUUUUCUGAAUCAUCACCAAAUAAUGGAAGAGUAAUCAUUACGAAUAAUUGUAUAUUUUUAUACAGCUACCAGAAAACCUUUCAGUGAAUAUAAAUCAGCUUUCUGCACUACACAAAGUAGAAAUUGUGAUAUAUGCAAUAAAAUAUGCAAUGUAAUAUUAUAUUUGUAAAAUUGUGAUGAAUUAAUGUAAUAUUAUUAUUAACAAAGUCUUGGAAGAAAAUAUAAAAAGCUUUACAUCGA